UUCUGCUAAUCUGGCAACACUGCACGUAUGGCUGACGGCGGAGAUUAGUUCGUUGGUUUAGUGUAGAUUGGUGAAUUGCAGACAAGCGAGUGUUUUGUCGUACGUUCGGGGUGGGUCGGCGGCGUAAUUUAACAUAUGCGCGAUUAAUAAUGAUCGCCUUGAUGCGCCGAUAAUCGAUUCGUGAUAAAUACCCCUGUUCCACUAUUGUUUGCCAUUUUUUUCUUUUCGUCAAAUUUUCUCUUUCCUUUAUCGUCCCUUUCUUUCCUCCUCUAAUGAUUUAAAACAACACACCACCCUUCGCCCACAACAAUACGAUUCUGGUCUCGAACUCUGUGGUAGGCGGUAGGUAUCAACGUUAGAAAACCUCGAUCGAAUACAUUAUCCAGUGAUCAAAGUUGACUAGUGAGCUGGAAAGUGGAACAGAGUUUCGGCAGGGCAGGUGCGGCAUUGUUCGACGAGUGGUUCACUAAACUCGCGUUUGUACCUACUCGCAGUUCCAAUUCCAAGUUAUACACGGCUCGAGAGUCGAGAGGAGUUGCCGAUCAGUGCCUUUCCGUCCUCCCGUGUUUCUCUUUGAGUGGUGUGUCUUUCAUUCGGAUCCGUGCAUCGGUUUGUUCCUGUCUUUUUUCUCACCUCAAAAUCUCAUUCGUCAGGUGAAGUUAGGUGACACGGUGGCGAUUGACACGUUUCCGUCGUUUGACACCACCGUGUGCAUCUGGACAAAAACUCUUCUCACCUGCCUGCUUAUAACUGCCGUAUGUUUAACCCAGCCUUCAAUAUGGCCUCCAUAAAGCAGGCUAUCAACGAGGCUGUUGAGCGAGUUUCGACAGUGAGAAUGCCAGCUCCUACACGCCUCCGCGAUUUGAUCAGACAAAUACGAGCGGCAAGAACUGCCGCUGAAGAACGUACAGUUGUCAACAAAGAAUGCGCAUACAUUCGAUCGACGUUCAGGGAGGAGGACAGCGUCUGGAGGUGUCGCAACAUUGCCAAACUGCUUUACAUUCACAUGUUGGGAUAUCCGGCGCAUUUUGGACAGCUCGAAUGUUUGAAGCUGAUAGCGUCGCCGAGGUUUACAGACAAAAGAAUCGGCUAUCUUGGGGCUAUGCUGCUGCUCGACGAGCGACAAGAUGUUCACCUUUUGAUUACCAACUGUCUGAAAAACGAUUUGAACAGUUCUACACAGUUCGUAAUUGGGCUUGCCCUGUGCACUCUAGGUGCAAUCGCAUCACCAGAGAUGGCAAGAGAUCUGGCAGCUGAAGUCGAGAGGCUUAUGAAAUCGCCCAAUGCAUAUAUUAGAAAAAAAGCAGCCCUGUGCGCGUUCAGAAUAAUCAGACGUGUCCCCGAGUUGAUGGAAAUGUUUUUGCCAGCCACUCGCAGUCUACUUACGGAAAAGAAUCACGGCGUUUUAAUCACCGGAGUUACUCUGAUUACGGAAAUGUGUGAAAACAGCAUUGACACUUUGAAUCAUUUCAAAAAGGAAUGCGGCCAUCGAGAGAUUGUUCCCAACCUCGUACGGAUUUUAAAGAAUUUAAUACUUGCUGGAUAUUCUCCAGAGCACGACGUAUCUGGAGUAUCAGAUCCUUUCCUUCAAGUGAAAAUUCUGCGACUUUUACGAAUUUUGGGAAGAAACGAUGUCGAUGCAUCGGAAGCUAUGAAUGAUAUCCUGGCGCAAGUGGCAACAAACACGGAAACCAGUAAGAACGUUGGAAAUACGAUAUUGUAUGAAACGGUUCUGUCUAUUAUGGAUAUAAAGUCAGAGAGCGGCUUGAGAGUUCUGGCCGUCAAUAUUCUCGGUAGAUUUUUAUUGAAUAACGAUAAAAAUAUUCGUUACGUCGCGUUAAACACCCUUUUGAAGACUGUGUAUGUUGAUACGAGUGCUGUGCAGAGACACCGUUCCACAAUUUUGGAGUGCCUAAAGGAUCCUGAUGUUUCGAUAAGGCGGCGUGCAAUGGAGCUUAGCUUCGCUCUAGUGAACUCAAACAACAUAAGAACUAUGAUGAAAGAAUUAUUGCUCUUUCUAGAACGAGCCGAUCCUGAAUUCAAAGCUCAAUGUAGUAGCAACAUCGUCAUGUCGGCGGAAAGAUUUGCUCCUAACAAACGUUGGCACCUUGAAACGCUCUUCAAAGUUUUAGUCGCAGCCGGCAAUUACGUGAGAGAUGACGUCGUCGCUUGUACAAUUCAGUUGAUAUCGGAAGCACAGGCACAGCAAGGAUAUGCGGUUUGUGCACUUUGGCGCGCUUUGGAAAGGGAUACUGCCGAUAAGCAGCCAUUGGCUCAAGUGGCGACUUGGUGCAUCGGGGAGUAUGGUGAUUUGUUACUUUAUGGUCCGCCAAGUGAAGACAUCGAGGCACCUGUAAAUCUAACUGAAGAUGAAGUCAUUGAUGUCUAUCAAAGGUUACUGUGGAGCCCACAAAAUACCGUAGUCACGAAACAGUACACUUUACUGUCACUCACGAAACUCAGCACUCGUUUCCAACAAGGCAACGAUAUGCCACUUUCAUUUUACAGAAAAAUUCGACAAAUUAUUGAUACGUUUGGGAGCAAUUUACACAUUGAGCUUCAGCAACGCGGAGUUGAAUUCUCGCAGUUAUUUAGAAAAUAUGAACACUUGAGGACCGCAUUACUGGAAAGAAUGCCUCCUAUGGAGACUGCCAAACCACAGGCAAAUGGAAUCAUCGGAUUAGUUAACGGAGAGUCUGAAAUCGAGGAAGAUAAAACUAUGAUUUUGGAACAGCUACCUGUUGCUGCUCCAUCAGACUCGAGCGCUCUGCUGGAUUUGCUUGGAAGUUCGGAAUUUGAUACUGAAAUCCCAGCUGUGGUGGAUAACAAUACUCCAGUUACUGCGGCGCCAGUCAUUAAUAACAAUGACCUUCUCGAUCUACUUGGAGGGUUAGAUCUGAGCACACCUAUUUCAGCUCCGCCUUCUUUUCCACAGGUCCAAUCGACUCCACAAAUCUUUAGCCCAACCAAUACGUCCAAUUUCCUUGUCGAUGGCCUUCUCAACUCGUCCCCGGUUCAAAAUGAAAUACCAAGUCUGGUUGCCUUUGAUAAAUUAGGCCUUAAAAUCGUACUCAAAUUAGAGCGACCAUCAGAGACUCCAGACUUGUUGGUGAUCAACAUGUUGGCUCAAAAUGUUGGUUCUAUGGAACUGACCGAAUUCUUAUUCCAAGCCGCAGUUCCCAAGACAUUCCAAUUACAAAUGCUGUCACCUUCAGGCACCGUCAUACCUCCAUCGGGUCAAGUAACUCAAGUUAUGAAAGUAACAAACAUCAACAAAGCAGCGCUUAGGAUGCGAUUGCGUAUUUCGUAUACGGGAGAUUCGGGGCCUGUAUUGGAACAAACGGAGGUGAACAACUUUCCGCCGCUGGCAUGGCAGUGACAAGACACUAUAGAAAAACCAAUUGUACAUAUGUCUGCCUAAUCAUACAAGUCUGAUCAGACUGAAGAACCCCUCCCCACACCGUCUCACCUCCACGAUCACCUAACAAUCAAAUUGAACUGGACGAGUGUAACAAAAGGCUCAUGGUAUAUAGAUAUACACAUAAGAAAUUUAUAUUCUCAAAUUAUACCUGAUCGUUGGUUAUAAAACAAUGAAAGGAAAAAAAGCAACAAAAAACAAAUGAUAAUAAUAAGAAAAAUCUGUGAAAUGUGAUACGAGUGAAUCUGACAACAAAGCCUGCGGAGAAAGAAGAUUCAAAAUAAUAUUUGUAAAAAAAAUUUCAAGAAUUUUUACAGGAUUGGUCGCUCUAACUCGCCACGUGUACGCAAGAAGAACCGUUGUGUAUGUACUAUAAAAAUCAAUAUAAGAUACCACUAUAUUAAUAA